AUGUCGGUUGCCGACGGGGAUGACGACGAGGCCUUCCUCCUCGCCCUCGAUGCCGCGGAGGCCGCCGCGCUGGACUCCUCCAAGCGCCGCCGCCUCUCCACCACCUCGUCCUCAUCGACCCCCUCCACCCCACCCGCCACCCCUGAGGGGCCCUACCUGGCCGCACUCAAGGGCAGCCACAGAUCCACCUGGAAACAGCAGAUGCAAGACCAUGGCUAUGCCCACAAGCGGGGCCCAGGUGGCGAGCGGAUUGUGCUUCAAGUGCGGGGACCCCGGGCACUGGGCGCGGGAGUGCCCUCAGUCGGUGCCGAACACGGGGGAGGAGAUCAGAUCGGCGUCGGCGGCGGCGGCGGUGGAUAUGUGAAUGCGGACAUGAAGGUGGAGGACAAGGCGUGCCCCUGCGGUGCCGGGACCUGUCUCGUGCUCCCUUCCAACACGCUGAAGGACCCCGGUCGCAAGUUCUACAAGUGUCCCAUGCGGUGCCAUGGUGUUCUCUAUAGGUUGGCCAUCCCGCUGGCUGCUGAGGUCGCAUGGUCCAACAUCUCCAUCUCCAUGGUGGCUAAACUUUUUCACAUCUUUCCUGUUCAUGUUCUCAUGGCUGCGAUAGCGUUGGCAUCAAGAGGGUUGCGGCAACAGUGA